AAAUGUUGGAAAAAAAGACCUGUAUAUAACACAAGUUGACACUAUUGAAGACAACGAAAACAAAGAAACUUAGACCCUAAGUUCAAAAUUUUGAACUAUAUAUCAAUCCUUUAGCUUCUUCUUCGUCAGUCCACUCCAAAAAUCCAAACCACCAAAUCUCGGCAUUUUUCAACGAAUGCCGGAAAAGCCAUUAUUCGGGAAAUAUGAGCUCGGAAAAUUACUCGGCUGUGGCGCAUCCGCCAAAGUUUACCAUGCCCGAGAAAUCAACAAUGGCCAAAGCGUCGCGAUCAAAAUGAUCAACAAAAACAACAAAGACAAUAUUCCAAACGAAAACAUUGAGCGCGAGAUUUCCAUCUUGCGCCAGCUGCGCCACCCUUACAUUGUCAAACUCUAUGAAGUGCUCGCCACGAAAUCAAAAAUCUAUUUCGUCAUGGAAUACGUUAAAGGAGGCGAAUUAUUCACCAAAAUUGCCGAUCACGGCCGAUUCAGCGAGGAUCUUAGCCGGAAAUACUUUCAGCAACUAAUUUCCGCGCUCAAUUACUGUCAUUCACGUGGAAUCUACCACCGCGAUUUGAAACCUGAAAACAUAUUAAUUGAUGAAAAUGGGGAUCUCAAAAUUUCCGAUUUCGGUCUAAGUGCCACAACUGACCAAAUACAAAAAUUCGACGGGCUGUUACAUACCGUUUGCGGAUCUCCAGCUUACGUGGCACCGGAGAUUCUAACAAUUAAAGGAUACGACGGAGCUAAAACUGAUAUAUGGUCAUGUGGAAUUAUUCUGUACGUGAUGAUCGCCGGUUAUUUGCCGUUUUACGAUCAGAAUUUAAUGCUAAUGUACAAAAAAAUCUACAAAGGUGAAUUCAAGUGCCCGAAAUGGAUGUCUCCUGAUGUUAUACGGAUAUUAUCUCGUCUUCUGGAUACAAAUCCGGCGACGAGAAUAACGAUUGAUGAAAUUAUCAAGGAUCCGUGGUUCAGAAAGGGAUUGAAAUUUAUUAAAUUUGCAGGGGAAGAAGAAGAUAAAUCUUCAUUAUCAAGUAAUUGUUUGAAUGCGUUCGAUUUAAUUUCGUUUUCUCAAGGAUUAGACAUUUCGGGAUUGUUCAAAUCGAAUAAUCCGGCGAAUGAUUUGGAGAGGACGGUGGUGGAACAGUCGCCGGAGAGUGUAAUUGAGAGAGUUGAGGAAAUGGCGAAGAAGGAGAAUUUCAGAUUAAGGAAAAAGAAAGAAUGGGGAAUUGAGAUGAAAGUGCAAAAUGGUAAAUUAACAAUGAGCGUCGAUAUUUACAGAUUGACAGAACGAUUUGUAAUUGUGGAGGUAAAAAGAGAAGCUGGAAAUGGUGAUUUGUAUACAGAUCUAUGGCGGAAUAAAUUGAAGGCGGUAAUUCUGGGCCAGCAAAUAGCAGAGAUUCAGGAUUCCGGUAGCUAGAUUUCACGGCGGGGAAGAAGCUUGAGUGAAUCUAUUUUAAUUUUAUUUUUAUCACAUUAC